AUGAAGCACGCGCUGCUUCUCCUGGUGCUGCCGGCACACGCUGCACAGAUCUCGACGGAAGUAUCUCACACGGGACAUCCCGAGUCCCGAUGGAUGCGAUCCGAGGCUUCGAUGCGAGAGGAGGCCGAGUGGCGGCCAAGUGCGCAGGCGACCUUCCCGAGACCUUCCUACGGCAACCCCAGCUGGAGCCCUUGGAGCGGAAAUCCUGGGUCCCUUCCUGGAGGCCCUGCGAACCACCUGCCUUAUCAGGGUGCCGGGUACAGUGGCUACGGCAGCUAUGGCAGCUACGGCGCUCCCGUCCACGUCCAGGCCGUUCCGCGCGCGCCUCCAGCGACUCCUCCGACUCCUUCCGCCGGCCCGGUGUUCCCGAAAGUCGCUGUAUCCAGCGCCGGGCCCAACAACAUGAAGGAGGCAGAAGCUGAAACCAAGAAGUUCUUCGAGAUCGAGGAGAUGGUGGCCAAGGAGACAGGCUUGCCGCUGAACAGCAGCGAGGCAGCACAGAAAGAGGAGGAGGAGAAAGCGGAGGCCAAGGAGGCCGAGGAGGAGGAGGAAACCGAGCGCUUCGAUGCCUUGUAUGCAGGCAUCGCACUGGUGAUCCUACUGGCAGCCGGCGGCACUUUCUACUUCCAUCGGCGUUCUCAGCUAGACAAGCCGAAGCCCGGAGAGGCACCGACAGCUGCAGCGCCGUCCUCGCCAGAAGCAGACCCCAGCGCACCGGGGCCGGCGGAAGCGGAAGCGAAAGCCGCCACCGGGAGCUGA